GUCUCUGACUGGGUGGUGGGCGUGUCUUAAACAGUGGGGUUUCAUUCAUAAAUACUUUUAGCGAUAAAAUCAACAUUAAAGUGUCCACAGAUGAGUUUCACGUUAUUGGCUUCGCCCCUCCACCCCUUCGUGGACCGGACUGGUUGAGUAGCCAUGCAGCACUGCCGCCCUGUUGCUCCGAGGCCAGUGGGGCUGCCCUGAGGAGGGGGGAAAACACAGCAGCUCAGGCUCAGUCGGCUGGGUGGGCUGAGGCGGCUGAGGAUGCAGCAGGGGAGCUGAGGAGGACACUCCUGAGCCCACAGCCUGACACACACACACAUCCAGAGCUGCUGCUACGCACUGCCCUCCAUCAGGGGGGACUCUCUAGUUGGCCUGGACCAUGAGCAAUGAGUCUACCGUCUGGAACAUCCUACCAGAGAACUCCACAGAGAUCCCAUUCGAGGCUAAGGGGCAACAAGAUGGCUAUGUGCUCCUCCGGGUGAUCCUCUCCAUUUUCCUGGUAGGAACGCUGAUCUUCAUCUCUCUCCUCCUCUUCGCCUACCACUGCUGUUGUCGAAGGGGGAAAUUCUGUGCCAGCGAUGAUCCUGAAAAAAACAACACCACCUACAUGGAGGAGUCUCAGCCCACCCAUGAAAUCACCAUCAGGGUGGAUGAGUCAGACUGUCUGUCAAUGGGCAGCUCUCACAACCAAGAGACUGAGCGCUUCCUCUCCACGGGCACCACAGGCCGCCGUGUCUCCUUCAAUGAGGCUGCGCUUUUCGAUCAUGGAAAGAAGGCGCAGGAGAAGGGCCGCAGGUACACUCUGACCGAGGGUGACUUUCACCACCUGAAGAACGCCCGGCUCACACACCUCCACAUCCCUCCCCCUGCCCUCAAGAUAGUCACUAUCCACGAGUGCGACUCGGCUGAAAACAGCAUCACCAUGACAACGCGCCCUGUCACAAAGUCGGCACUUUCCAUCUUCCAGCCGAUGCUGUGCCCCCUACCACAAACAGCGUUGACCAGCCUGAGUAUCAGUCCCAGCUGUGCCCUCCCUGGAGAUGCUCUCAACUCUGUGGUGGACACCAGCUUUAGUGAGAACACUAUUCCACUCAGCACUAAAGAGCCAAGCUCUAUUGAGAUGAUUGGAGCAGGGCCCCGGGGCAGAGGCAGCAGUGUCAGUGUCGGAGAGGGGGCCACAGCGGGGAGCGGUGCCCUUCCUGCAGGCGGGGUUGCAGGAAGCCAGGGUCCUGUGCUGCAGUUCUUCACUAAACUGCGACGCCAUGCUAGUCUGGAGGGGGCCAGUCCCUACUUCAAGAUCAAGAAAUGGAAGCUGGACAGAAGCCAGAGAGCCUCAAGUCUGGACACCAGAGGCUCUCCAAAGAGGAGACAGUUCCAGCGCCAGAGAGCCGCCAGCGAGAGCAUGGACCAGCAGGACGACAACGACUCGCACCGCAUAGACCUCAUUCAGUACAUCGCCCGCACCCAGGACGUCACCUACUGCCCCACCCAGCCUACUACUCGCCUCCUCUCACCUCCUUCCACACCACCCCCCUCCCUCGGCAGGGUAGAGGUAGAGGUGAUGGUGGAGCCCAGCUACAGCCAUGGAGGACCAGGGGUGAUUGGCUUAUCCCCUGAUCCCCAAGAUGAAGCACUGUCAUUGGCAAGACGGGAAGGUGUAGACCCAUUGGAACCCCUAGAUCUCCAGGAUCCCCAGUCACUUUACAAAGACAUCUGGACCCUACGUGCGACACUGGAACAGUAUGCCGCGUCUGACCAGAGCAGCAACAAUGAUAGGAACUCCGUCUGUAGUGAUGCUGACAGUGUGUGUUCGCUGGGCGGACGCACGGAGACAGAAAGAGGAGGGCUCCCCAGCUGCCCGUCCCAAGAUUUAGGGGAUGAGGCAGAGGGUGGAGAGGAUGACAAGGACAUUUUGAUGUAUGUGGAUGAGAGCUUGGGGGUGAAGGAGGGGAAAAAGAGGAAACAGGAAAGCACAGAAUCAGAACGAGGGGGCAGUGAUGGAGAAACGGGGACUCGUAAAUUGCUGCAGAUGGACAGUGGCUAUGCGUCGAUAGAGGCUCCAUCUCGUGGUCCAGAAGACCUGCGACUGUUUGGGAGCAUCAGCAGCAGUCCUAAGGACAGAACAGCACACGAGAAAAGGCACCACUUUACCAAUGCAGGGCGAUCUGGCACUAUCGGUGAGAGCUUUGAGUCUCAUCUCUUUGAGGAGGAGCCGGAGGAAGAGUUAUUGUUGGGUGCCAUUGGUGGAGUUUCCACAGAAACAGGUGCUGGUUCACUGAGCUGGUUCCCAUACGGUCAGAUGCUCACGCCUCGAGAGGCUGCACAGCCUUCACCACAACCGCCCAUGCUCCACCGGCGAGACUACAGCAUAGAUGAGAAGACGGACACCCUCUUCCAUGAGUUUCUUCGCCACGACCCUCAGUUUGACCAGCAGGAGUCGCCGCUAAAGAAGCACCGGUCCCGAAUCCACCUCCGCAAGCAGUGGCAGCGCCACAAGCAAUGGAGUGACCCUGGUGUUAGACACUUCCAGUCCUCUUUUGACAGACAGCGGACACCACUACGGAGGGGUGACAGUGUGAACUAUCCACUGGACACAAGCUACCACAGCACGCUCCCCCGCAUCGUCAGCGCUCCUGAUGAGGAGACUUGCGAUGGGGCCGGCAGCACUCCCGACACUCCAAAGGUAGAGCCUACGAUGACUGAGAAUGGGGGAACGGACAGGGAGCAGGCUGUAACUGUCAGAGACACUAAGGAGCACACCACCUCUCCCCCACCACCUGUUGAUCCCUCCGUCUCAGAGAUAGACAGGGAGCUGGGUGAGCACCAUGACCCUCAGGACGACAGCAAACAAUUUGGACUCCCUCCAGAGCCCCCGGAUGAGCGCUCACCCCCUCAGCUUCCCGACUCUGCAGGCUACGGCCCACAGACCAUCACAGCGGAGCUCACAGACAAACUGACUGCUAACCUGGAUGAGAGGCUUUACAUGGGCCUUCGCAGGACCAAGGACACAGCCACUGAGUGUGUGAUGGUGACGGCCACACACGCUUCUCCGGACCACAGCCCAGUGUAGCAGGGCUCCAGUUGUCCUCCUCGUCAACCUCACUCCUGCUGAUACACACUUUUCUUUCAGUUUGAUUUGUCUUGCCUCAGUUUAAAUGUCUCACUGUAAACAGCUUGAAUGGUGUGAUCCAGUCCCAUAAACACACAAUUGAAAGUAUGCUUUAUAUCAAUCGAUAAUUAAACACUUAUUCCUAGAUCAUCUUAGAUACAGCUGAUGCACUAAAAAUGCAUCCCGUCUCUCUUCAUGCCUGUUAACAUCACAAAGCUGUUCAAUGUUGCCAUUUUACAUUCAUUCAUUGAGGAAGAAAGAUACAAUUCAAAAUAAUAGAUGAACAGAGCUAACUUUUAAAAAAAUCAUAUGCUUUUAGUAAUAAUUGUUUCCUCAUUAAUUGUUUCUGUGUGUCUCUGUCAGUCUCUACUGUUGUCAUUCCUGUCUCUGCUCUCCAGUAUGAAUAAGUGAAGCUGAGGACCAGUAUGGCCUCCACACUCAUUGAUCCACUGUGAAACCAGGUGCUAUUAGACAAGUUGCUAUUAGACAAGUAGAAGGUUAAAGACAGUUACCCUGCUAAUGCGUGAUCAUGCAUUAGAGGAAAAUGAGUGGUUGCAUCACUAUUCAUGAGCUAAAAAUUUAGAAUACCAUAAUUAACCAGUUAUAUAAGGCAUACUUUUGUUCACACUGGUUAUUUAGAUCAGUAUUUAGUUCCCAACCUACUCAAGAGAAGUCUGAGAUAAUUGGAGUAAUAAAAAAGGGUUGUUUUUAGUUUGUUUGGUUUUGUCCUAAGCGAUCAGUAGUGACGGACAUAACCUGCUAACGUCAUUUUCAAUCAACCUGGAAGCUAUGAUAGCGAUUGCUAGGAGAAGUAAACAUAUUUUAACAUCAAUUGAUAAAAUAUGUCAAUAUUCAGUAUAAGAGUUGUUAUUUCAAUAAGUCGACAACCUGUACAGCUACGUCAAUCUCAUCUGUGCUUGUUGUUGCCAUUUUAGACAUUUAGUCAGCGCUUGAUUUUAAGCGACCAUAAGCCAAAAAGGUUGGGAACCACUGGUUUAGAUCUGACUGGUCAUGUUUGUGGUUUGUGACUGAAAAUGCUUCUCAUCUAUGUGACAACUGUGUUUGUACGUCUGCAUUGCUUAAAUGACUAUGUGAAACUGACAGUGUGGCGGGUGUGAAGAGGACAGGUUUGGCGUAAACAGACAAAACUAGCAAACCGGACGGCCACUAUCGCUCUGGUAUUAUGACUCCUAAUCAAUCACAGUAAUUUACAACUCCAUAAGCUCUUACACUGAGAAUCACUGAUCAUGAAUCAUGCCCUGUGUCCUAACAGGGAGAACCAAUUAUUGUGCACAGGUUUACAGCCACGAGGUGGGCAGUUACAUUUAAACUAUUAGACAAGAUGGCUUUCCUUACAGACGUUUCGUGUUUAUUGAAUUUAUAAGAAAGGCAUGCUUUCUUGUGCAUGGGGCUCACAGAACAGGCUUUUUUUUGUCUGCAUCUGACAUUCUUGUUUUCCCCUCCUCUUCCUACUCUUCUCCUGAGAAAUUUGACAGUGCAGUAGACGCCUCCCUCUGGGGAUGGGGAUUCACUUCCUGACAGCUUAUAAAGCCAGACUGAACAAAGGUGUUAUUUGUAGUCCACUGAAUUUUUUUCCCUUACUUGGCUUCCUCUGUGUGAUUAAAACAAACCAGUAUUGCCGUUCAAAUGAAACCCCAACAGAAGAUUAUGUUGAAAAUACAGUUUUUCUCACAGAUCUCUGCUUUAACUUCCCGAGCAGUAGCAGCAGGUUGAUUGUAACCCAGUUUCACUCAUAAAAUCUCAUUCUCAGAGGGGCUGUUGGGGUUUCCGACUCUCCCACAUGCAGUGAGGGGAGCCACUGCAGAAGAUGAUGUUGAAUAUUAAUGCAACAAGAGAAGGAUUUCCACCUUUCAUCCCAGCUCUCUUUCUUCAUUCUUUGAGGUUGUUACCGGGCAGUAAAUUGAACGGACUGAAUAGGAAAUCAGCGGAAAAAACAUUAUCCCCCCUUCUCUUUGUUUGGGUGUGAUGAUGAUGCUCCUUUCCAGCUUGCCCAGAUAAUAUCUUUCGUCGCUGCGUGACGGGAGUCUCCUUUUGUGGCUAAGUGGACUCUGAGGCAGAAGCUGCGUUCCUCAUUAGGAGAGCAAUGACCGAGAUGAAAGGAGGUGAACUCAAAUAAGGAGUAGAGAGGGUAGUGAUUUAUUUGCACUCUUCUUUCAUGUAGGCCCCGACUCACACACACACUCAACCAUUAUUUCACCAUGGAUAAACACAAUGUGCUCUGGCACAAUUUUGUGAAAUCAAAUGACAUCCUUUUUAUGACGGCUUUAAUCAGCAGGGAAUAAAAUCUCCCUCUCCGUUAGGAUGGAACUGCUGCGUCCCUGACGAUAGUAAUUACUCAACAAAUUCUGACAACUCUGGAAAAAGGGGAGGCCACUGCAUUUACCACAGAUCAAAAGCUAAAAUAUCUUAGAGAUGAUUCAGUAUGAGAUGACGACAGUACCGCAACCUCAACAAUUGAAAGAAAAUGCCAUAAGGGUUGAUUUCAAAUCCGUACAUUUGUACAAAGAUUCAACUUUGCUAUGUAUACAAGCACAAUGUCACGGGAACUAGACUAAAUCAAUGUCCUUUUUAGGUUUAGACAGAUACUGUAUAACUGGGGACACUGUGGUAAAUGAUAUUUGUAUACUAACCAGUAGCCUGUCAAAUGCACUGAUGCAUAGCUGAGUGUAGGUCUGCAUGAGAGUUAACAUUUUAGGACAAAUCUUCAUGUUUUCUCAGACUUACCAUCAAGUCCAUGGUUAAUGCUCGUUUGUUUAAGGCAGAAGUGGAAACAUUGGUAUGACUAUAGAGAUUUUGUAUUUUAUGGAAGCCACUUUUAAGAGUUAUGCUAGGAUGCUGUAAUUGAUGACAUUUUGAGAGAUUUAUCUCUUUGAAAGUAGAAGUAUUUCUGUAUUCCUUGCUUGUUAGUAAACUGCGUAAAUUCUCAAAGAAAAAAAAACCAAGCUUUCUUAACUACUUUGCUUUUUGUCCAAAUCUAUUGAGCCCUGAGGGACCAAAUCAUAAAAGAGUGUUAUUUUAGGGUUGUUUUCCAAUCUGUGAAUAAAUGAAUGAAA